AUGUCGUCCAGCAACCAGGAGCUCUCCGCGCAGCACCUCCACCAGACAGCCACCUAUACGUACUCCGGCGCCAACCAGGUCUACUACGAAGCACAGAACCAGUGGUUUCAGGAAAAUCGCUCGAAGAGGAAAGGCCCACCGUCAGCAGCAUUGUCCACACCGCUGGCUACUCCCCAUGAAGACACGGAUGAGGAGAUGGAUGCACGACCCAAGAUCGCGCAGCCACAGCCCGCAGACGCCAACACUACUCCUCUGAUACAGCCGCUGGACAUUGACGCGCAGGCCGCAGUCUCGCUCGUGAUGGAAACCAUCCGCGCCUACCAUACUGGGGUGAUUCGCAGCGAGAUCAGCAACAUCGUCCUCCAGGUUGAAGGAGUCGUCCGCCAACUGGACAAUAGACUACUCCUCCAGCAUGACCACCUUCGCUGGCUCACUCAGGAAAGCAGGAUGGAGCAGAAGAAGCUCUCAGGGCUUCAGGUCCUCACCACCGGCUGGUCCCCGACAAUGUCAGGUGAGGAACGUUUGUACCAACUCAACUGGAUGUUCGAGCAGGUGGACUACUUCCGUCGCUGGCUCUCUGACCGCGGGCACAACAUCGACGGCCCCAACGUUCCCUACAUCUUCAUGAACAUCCUCCAGUGUGAGCCGGCUACUCCUCCGUCCGGCCAGCAGUUUUCCACGGUGUCAAUUUUAACAUUUAAAUCUUGGGAUUUGCGCCAGCAGUUCAUGAGCACGUACGGUGGCCCCACGGGGACCCCCUUGUACAGAGAUUCUUCCACGCGCGAGAAGAACCGCCACGUCAUGGCGACACCAGCUUCGCCACAAUUUCAAAGGAAGAUGGAAGUGCCCAUUAGAGUACUCCUCUCCCUCAUCAAUGAAAGCGAGCUGCUCGAAUCCAAUCAGGUCACCGUGCUAUGGAAGACCUUGACCAUAAUGCAGCCGCAAUCUGUUCGCGAAUUCGAUGAUCAGAUCCGUGCCUUCGCAAGGAUGCAUUUUUUCGAAGACAAGGGAAUCAUGAAGGGCAUCCUAGAGGUUACUCCUCAGCUGAUGGAAGCGUUGCAAGCAAAGCCACCCAUCGGCUCGGAAGAACCCACCAUGUGGUCAUACCACUGGGCGAAGGUCGUUUAUGGUGUGCAACAUGAGUUGGAUGUUGCAGACCAGCACCAGUUUGCGAGGGCCCGGACCCAGGCCAAAGGCUCGGGAAAGGGCAUGGAGGUAGGCCAGACUAGGCGCCACUGGGCCUCCUCAGCAGUCUACUCCUCAGCGGACAAUCCGUUUCCAAUCGAGAUGGAAGUUCGCGACGUAGACGAUAUCUAUUUCGUCUGGGACGAGUAUUGUGACAAGUUCCAGAGAGCUGAUUUGAAAAUCGGCAGCUACCAGACGGGUACUGUCCAGGGAGCGCCCCCCUCGGCUACUCCUCCUACAGCCACAGGGGAGAGCGCAUUGUCAGUGUUUGCGCAGCCGAAGGCUGGCGCCAUGCAGCCCCCGUCAUGGGUGCCAAAGGCACCAGUUUCCGCAGCUGCCAAAGGCAGCGCAGCAAAGCCCUGA